GUGGUGCAGGCUUAUCAUUGUCCAGCCCCUGUUUGGAGUUGUUGUUGGGCCUCUCCUAGUCCCAACUACAUAUUUGCGGGCUCUGUCAAUGGUUCAGUGCUCCUGUUCGACACACGUGUCACCUCGGGCCCUGUAGAGACCAUUUCCAUCGAGGGAAAUUCCUCUCCUGUCACUUCACUCCAGUACCUGACGCCGGACUUUAACAGUCCUGUGUGUCAGUCGGGCGGACUUCUCGUCGGUCAACUAACGCAGGCAUGUCCUUCCUGUCUACUACCUAUAUCGUGCAAAUUUUCACCGCUUCCACUGUCAGCAUUUAUUCUGCAGUUGGACGUUUUGCUUUCUCCCUCUUACUUAGCUGUCUCUUUUUUGGAGGAGAUGCAUGCUGCACCCAUCAGUCUGCCUGUGGCGGGGUCUCCGGAUGCUAGCGACGCAGAGCCUGGCACUUCAACCACGCCUCCUUCUUCAACCUCAGGCCCCGCUGAUCGUAAAGCUUAUCGUGCUCAUCCCCUGCCUCUUGAGGGCAGCCUUAUUUCCCUCAGCUUGCGCCACCUGCUUGCUGAACUGGCUGGCAAGCGGCCGUCGGUUGGACAGCCAUACACCUACGAGUGCAAUGAGCUUGUCAGUCUCUUUGGUGGUACUCAGAUGCGUAUGCUAUCCAGGGCGCGACUGUUUCAGCAUGAACAGUCUCAAAAUGUUUUCGCCGUUGCUGGUGAUGAUGAUUCAAAUGGCGCUCUACUGUGGAAUUGUACGGAUGGGUCUCGUCUUCAAACCCUUGUCCCACCUAAUUCCAGCAAUCAGUCACCCGUUCUUGACGUUUGUCCCAUCGACAGAGGAAACCGUCUGGCCCUACUGACUGAUCGCCAUUUGCAUCUCUUCCAGUGGACUCCCUCUGCUUUCCACUGA